AUGGAUUGUACUGUCCACGCGCUAAACAGCAGAGCUCUUAGUAGCUCAAAAAUAUAUUUUGUAUAUUCAUUUGCCAGUGUGAUGUCUAAUAACAAUGAAUGUUUGGCAGGUGACAUCCUCAAUAAUGCCAUUGUUAAUCUUGGAAUCCUCGUUAAUCUUCCCACUGGAUGCGGGGAGCAGAACAUUGCAAAGUUUGCUUCGACUCUUUAUGUAUACCAGUAUCUAAAGCAUACCAAGCAACUAACAAAAGAAGUGGAAGAAAAUGUUCUGAAAGAGCUGACGAUUGGGUACCAGAAACAGCUGAAUUUCAUAGAUAGAGAUGGCUCUUACAGUUUAUUUCCUGGAGAUAGUGGAAAUGUUUGGCUCACAGCCUUUGUGGUGAAAUUCUUCAGUCAGGCUCAAAAAAUCAUACAUAUAGAUGACAAGAACAUUCAUGAUGCUGAUCCUGAAGAUCACAAAGACAAGAAUGAAGAUGUUAUGCUUACAGCUUAUGUCACAAUUGCUCUGAUGGAAUCUGAGCUGGUAUUUGAAGACGGCCUUGUGGACAAUGCUUUGACCUGUUUGAAGAAAAAAGCCCACAACGUGACUAAUACUUAUACAGAAUCCCUUCUGGCCUAUGUGUUUACUCUAUCUAAAGACGAAGACCUAAGGCAACAUUUACUGGAAGACCUGGAGAAGAAAGCCAUACAAACCGACCUAUUCAAGCAUUGGACUGUUGAACAUGGUUACAGUGGAAACAUUGAGAUAUCUUCUUAUGUAGCCCUGGCUUACAUCAAACAUCAAACAACCUUUAAGGAUACAGCGAAGGAUAAUGACGAUGCUACAAGAAUCAUUAAUUGGAUCGUAUCCAAAGAACAUGCAAAUGGAGGCUACUCUUCAAGUCAGGACACGGUUAUUGCUCUUCAUGCGAUAUCGGAAUAUGCAGCACAUACAGUUGUUGGGACGGGAGAUGUGUCAGUGACUGUUCGCUCACUCUCAGGUUUUCAGAAACAAUUUACUGUGGACAAGGCUCGCAGACUCCAGCAGAAAGUAUCCCUGCCAGAUAUCCCUGGAGAGUACACAGUGACGGCCACAGGUGGUUCCUGUGUUCAUGUGCAGACAUAUCUGGAAUAUCAUGUCCCUAUUUUUAAGGAUGACUCCUAUUUUGCCUUCAGUAUAAGCACACGACCCUCCGUCUGCACUUAUCAGGCAUUAACAAAUUUUGAGAUUGUUGUAGAAGCCAGCUAUACUGGUACACGACAUUCCUCCAACAUGGCACUGAUUGAGCUUGACCUUCUUACAGGAUUCAUCCUCGAUAGGAAGAGUGUUAAUCAGCUGGAACACCUUAACCCUAUAGUCCAGAACAAAGUGGGUCAGAAAAACAAGAAAUCCAAAGCAUUAUUACAUAAUCCACAUGUGAAAAGAAUAGAAAUCAAAGCUAACAGAUUGAUGAUAUAUUUGGAUGAGCUAACACAUGAGAAACAAACAUUAUCAUUUAUCACCAAACAAGAAAUGCACGUGGAUAAUCUGGAUCCUGCGGCCGCUAUUGUUUAUGAUUAUUAUGAGCCAGACCACUGGCAUAAAAGUGAAUAUGCUACGUUCAGCAUAUCUGUUAGCAGGAGGAGCGAAUUCAGGCAAACUCUGCAUGACAGCAGCAGUUAUGGAGAGAGAAAAAUAGAAGAUAGCAGUGCGGCCAUCAUGAAGAAGAGGAGGAGUGAAGAUGAUACAUCAGUAAUGAAUUAUAUGACUGUCUUUAUAUCAGAAUCUUCAUGCAACACCAACAGCGUAUCUGUAAAAGCAGAUUAUAAUAGAUUGGUUACACUACAGAUGCACACAAAAAAACCUAAUCCUAUAUGCUCCAUGUAA